CUCCGUGGCUUUGGGAAUGAGAAGGACGUGGCUGUUCAUGAGGUCGCUCACUCACAGUCCGUCCUCCGCAGCCUGUACAAGCAGAAGCCAGCAUGUCGGACCAGUCGUCGUUCGACACCGACGUGUGGACCCUGACCCGGUUCGUCAUCGAGACGGGCCGCCAGGCCAAAGGGGCGACCGGCGAGCUGACCCAGCUCAUCAACGCCAUGCUCACCGCCAUCAAAGCCAUUUCCUCUGCCGUGCGUAAGGCCGGCCUGGUCCACCUUCAGGGCCUGUCGGGCUCCGUGAACGUUACGGGCGACGACGUCAAGAAGCUGGACGUUCUGUCCAACGACCUCGUCAUCAAUAUGCUGAGAGCCUCCUACAGCACCUGCUGCAUGGUGUCGGAGGAGAACAAGGAGCUCAUCGUCACUCCCAAGGACAAGAGGGGGAAGUACGUGGUGUGUUUUGACCCUCUGGACGGCUCCAGCAACAUCGACUGCUUGGCCUCUAUCGGAACCAUAUUCGCCAUCUACAAACGGAUAACAGACGGGGAGCCGUCAGAGAAGGACGCCUUGCAGCAAGGCAACAACAUAGUGUGCGCCGGCUACGCCCUGUACGGCAGCGCCACCCUGGUGGCCCUCAGCACCGGCGCCGGCCUCAACUUCUUCAUGCUGGACCCCGCCGUCGGCGAGUUCAUCCUGACCGAGAGGAACGUGAAGAUCAAGAAGAAAGGGAAGAUCUACAGCCUGAACGAGGGCUACGCCAAGUACUUCCACCCCUCCAUCAACGAAUACCUCAAGCACAAGAAGUACCCGGAGGACGGCAGUUCCCCGUACGGAGCGCGUUACGUGGGCUCCAUGGUCUCAGACGUUCACCGCACCAUCGCCUACGGAGGGAUCUUCAUGUACCCUGCCAAUGAGAAGAGCCCCAAGGGAAAGCUGCGGCUGCUCUACGAGUGCAACCCCAUCGCCUUCCUGAUCGAGCAGGCGGGCGGCCUCGCCACCACCGGCACCCAGAGGAUAAUGGACGUCCAGCCCGAGGCUCUGCACGAGCGGGUGCCCUUCGUGGUGGGCUCCCCCGACGACGUCAACGAGUACCUGUCCUUCGUCAAGAAGUACCCAUGAAAAACAAAAAGAAAAAAAAGAAAAAAAAAAAGCUGCUGCUGCUGCUGCAAUCUUGAAUAAAUAUUUGAUAACCGGGACAAAGUUCAUUUGUGAUUUCUCUUUUUAGUCACGUCAAAUCUGAUAUGACCCGGCCGGACGGUCUGCAGCGUGACGUGGAGACACGUGGAGUUAGAGGAAUUUAUUUUGUUAAAAAGAAAACAAGACGGAGGCAGGUGAGACACGGUGAGCGCAUGCAGGUCAACAACGACGACGCCCUUUAUUCACAUCAUCUCAGGUGUGGCUGGUUAAGGUGAUUAAGCACAAACACUGUAGGAACAUUAGAGGAGCGUGACACGUCCUCCCUAAAAAGGCAUCAGCCCUAAAAACUAGUGAUGGAAAGUCCAGCUCUGGUCAAAGAUUCAUCUCUCUUGACAGUGCGGCUCAUUUAAAAUACUGCAGGACAUGGAAACCGUAGCCUACGCCGGCGGGAGCCAUUUAUACCUGUGCGCUCAUCUGUCUUUCUGGUAGCAAAGGAAACUCGUUUUUUUAUAAAAAAUCAAAAAAAAAAAAAGGAAAGAGAGAGAGGAAAGAGACAAAAAAAGGUGCCAGUACGUGACCCAGUUCUAAUGCAAGAAAGGUGUGGACCCUCUGUAGUUUGUGAGUGGUGGAAAUGAACCUGUUGUUCAUAGUGACGCAGCCCAUACAGACAUAAUAAAGGUCUGUAUGGGCCUUAAAAAGCUUCUCCUUAACCAAGAACAUUUUGAAAAACCAGAAACAACCAAACUCAGUGAGGUGUCUAUAACCUCAGUGUUUAGUCUCAUACGUGCUCAGGUGAGUCUGCAGAAGCCAAACAGUCUCAGUUCUUCCGUCUGUAACUUGACCCUUUAAUCUCAGUCCUGUCCUCGGGCCGUCCGGUGGCUGCCGUCCAUUUGUUCGUCCGGCUUGCACAACACAUUCCUGCGGCCGCUGCACCUCAGCCAGACCGAGUUACAGAAACACAUCGACCCUCAGGAACAAUAACAACAAGGUCUGAACGUGUUCACACACUUUAAUAAAUAACCUCUGAACUAAAACUUUCCCCUAAAUACAAGUUUCUCCUCAUGCAACAUUUCUAUAAAAUCAUUAUGUUUCUAAAUGUUUUACUUAUUCUCAAGUUUCUUCUAUUAAACAUGAAAAACUAAAUGUGUUAUUCUAUGGAAUAAGGGCUCAUGUUGACACUAGUGCUGCAACAGUGAAUCUAUUAGUGAUUAUAAAUAAGAUGACGUUGUGGCUUCCUGGAUAUUAUUUAUCUGUGAUUGGACUGAAUGAGGCUUUAAUCAAUUCAUUUAUAUUUGACUGCACCAGUUACCAGCUUGAGAACACUUCAUCUUAUAUAGAGAUUUAAAAGCCGCCCCCCUCCUAAUGAAUCGGCUCCUUUGUUCAGUGAUCAAUAAUCCUAUAAGAUCCUGGUACCAGACGUCAGGCAGCACAGCUGUGUUUAGGGUUCAAGGACGAUCACGAGAUUUCAGAGCGGCGAUUGAACCUCAGUAGUUCAUACGUUUAGUUGGCAGAUAUUUCUGAAGACAUUUGUUACAGUUAAGAUUAAUGCACGUACACUGAUCGACCAUAAUAUUAUGACCACUGACAGGAGAAGUAAAGUAUCAUUGAUCGUCUUGUGACAAUUUAGUGUUCUAGUGGGAAACUUUUGGUCCUGGCUUUCAUUCUUGUGGAUGUUACUUAGACCUGUAGCACACACCCAGACCAGACACCCUCACCCCAUAGCAAUGACACCCCUUGAUGGCAGCAGUCACCAAAUUCACCAUAUCCCAAACUGACCUGAGCCACAACUGUUGUGGUUGCACAGGGGGAGACCUACACAAUAUUAGGAAGGCGGUCAUAAUGUUAUGCCUGAUCGGGCUAUGGUGACAUUUCACAGCUUGCAAAAACGAGUCUGCAGGCUUUGUGCCACACAACAUAAUUCUUAUUACCAACAAUCUUUGUGGGAUUUUAAUUCAAACUGACGUAAUGUUAAAUUUGAGAAUGAAAUAAAUUUUCCUCUACAAGAGAAGAGAAUCAAUUUCAUUAAUUACAGAGUUAAAUGUGAAUCAGAGACAUGAGACAUGUGUUUUUAGUGUUUCACAACUUGUAUUGAUCACCAGUAAAAGUAGAAAAAAAAAAAAACAUUUACAAUGACCGAAGCAAGUGUUAAAGUUUCACUCACCAAGCAGCAUACACAUAUUUACAAAGAAUAAAACACUACAUUAAAAUGUUUCCAGAUGAAAUAAAGUGGCAUAAAACCUGCCUAAACAAAAACGGCGCCGUUUCCCUAAAAAUUUAAAAAUAAAACA